CAAACCUCAACAUUAUUUUAUCCCUGGAAAAAGCACAAACGGUUCCGCUUCUUCGCUUCUAUAAAAACGCACCCACGUACCUGUUCUCGACAUAACUUCCUUCCCAUCCCUACCAACAAAUUUUCUCUCUCUUAGGGUUUUCAUUUUCAAACAGACACCGUGAUCGGAAAUGGCGACAGAGGCGACUAACGGAGCGGCUGCCGGUGAGAAGAACGGAGCGGCGACUGAGAAGGCAGUGACGUUUUCGUCUCUGAAGCCGCAGUUGUUUGUGGAGUCGGCGAAGGCGAGCGAUGCUGUUGCGUUCUACAAAGCUGCGUUUGGAGCUGAGGAGGUGAAUCGCGUCAGUCAUCCGAAGAGGAAGGCUGAACAGGAGCUUCCGCUUCUUCUCUCUGCUGAGAUCAAGCUCGGUUCCUCUAGUAUUCUCAUUUCCGACCUCUCUGAUGAUUCUACUGCUCUGGUGAAAACAGUGGGGACUGGGCUGGUGUUCUGUCUAGAGACUGAAGACAUUGAAGCUGCAAUUGACAAGGCAGUAAAGGCUGGUGCGGUUGCAGAAGGUGAAAUAACCGAAGGUGAAGGCGCGUGCUGUGGUGGGCGCGUGGGAAAGGUGAAGGACCCCUAUGGUAUCGUCUGGCUCAUCUGCACUCCUGCUAAAAAGUGUGCUAACGUGGAAGCAUAGGGAACGUCCGAUCAUCAUCUUCAUCAUCAAGCAUCGCUUUUCUCUUCGUCCUUGAUGGGGUUUUCUUUUUUAUUAGUAAGCUUUUUAUUUCGAUGAGCACUGCAUGUUACAAACUCUAGUUGCAGUAAAUGGAUAGGGAUUAUUAGAAGCGGGUGUUAAUUGGUAUUUUGAGAUCUGGAUUAUGUUCCUUUCUUUGUGGGCAAAUGGCAAUCUUUAUCUACUAAUUACGUUAUCUAUUGAUUGAAUGAUUUCGGUUUAGUUUUUAUUAAUAUUUAUAUAAUUAUAAAAUAAAUUAAUAAAUAAAUAAGUUUAAGUUAGAGGGGAUUUGUUGAAGAGACAGAGUAUGGUCUUUACGGUUUUGAAGGACGUUGUGGUCCCCAGGCAGAUGGAUAGGAAACGUUUGCACGGGAUUCGGCAACCGUCGUUUUCGUCUUUACAUAAAAACGAGACAUAAAAAAUUAUUUUGUUACAG